CACUGUGAAGGUCCUACUUCCCAACAUGCAACACCUCCCACAUUUGCAUUGAACUCUAUUCGCCAUUACUCGGCCCACUUGCCCAGCUACCCAAGGUUUUGUUGAAAGCACGUGAUUUCAAUUAUUUGCCAGGAAUAGCACGUGACAGCCUGACGAACAUAAUGUGACUUUAGUGUCGGUGUUUGGCGAAACCGCGCGGCAGUGACUUGACUUUGGGACGACUGAGAUACAACAUACGUGUAAACGCAAACCAGAGAGACUGAGAUUACACGGUCCAAGUAAAGUUGCAAAGGAAAGAUGGCGACGUUGAAAAAAACAUAUUCUCAUGUUGUCCGCGGCGACCAUGGUUUUACUUACAAACUGCACUACCCAAUAUGUGGUUUCAACCUAGAAAUCAACGUGAAUCCUGUAUCUGAGCUGGAGUUUGGAACUGUCAUCUGGGAUGGUGCUCUUGGAUUGUGCCAGUAUUUUGAUGAACACAAGACAAACUUUUCGCAGAAGAAAGUGAUUGAACUCGGAGCCGGUACCGGAAUGUUAGGUAUUCUGAUCGCCCUUCUCGGUGCUGAGGUCACCAUUACCGACAAACCAAAUCUUCUGAGGCAAAUACAACAAAACGUGUCCAUCAACAUCCCCUCUUCGGACAUACCUCGCGUCAAGGUACGCGCUCUAUCCUGGGGUCAUGACCAUAUCCAGUUCCCAUCCGACUACGAUGUUAUCAUGGGCACAGAUAUUGUCUACAUCCCAGAAAGUGUCCCUUUAAUUCUAAAGACACUUCAGCAUCUCAGCAACGAAAGGACGGUCAUUUAUUUGGCUUCUACAAUGUCGAUAUGUCCCAAAGUGAUCGCGUCUGGAUAUGGGGCCUUGUCUGAACAUUUUGAUUCUAACCUAGUCCACAAGUACAUAGACAAGGAUGUCCAUGUGUACAGGCUGUCCAGAAAAAAUAUCACGUGCGGAGAUCGCCAUGGUGGUGGCCAUGUCAUAAGAUCAACUCCCACUCAUACCUUGAAUGCAUAAAUUAAAUGUCUUUUCAAUAUCGUUCCCUUGCUUUACCACUGUAUGAGGAUAACACCGAUACUCUGUACAACAAUAUUUUCUGCUGAACGUUCAAAGAUUUUCUGAUUUUUACUUUGAAAGGGGAAUAAAUUAAUACGAACUUGACAGGCAGUUUUUUCACUCAUUGGGUGCUGACUGUAUAUAACGAGCUGGCAGAGGUGGUAGUUUGAGGCAGGCACUAUAACAACAUUUACAAGACAUUUGGACAGGUACAUGGGCAGGAAUGAUUUAGACGGAUAUGGGCUAAAUGCGGGCAAAUGGUUACUAGCUUGGAUACGGUAUCUUGAUCAGUACCGGCAAGAUGGGCCGAAGGUCUUAUUUCGAUGUUGUAUGACUAUCAUUAUUAUAUUUCCAGUAUCUGCAUUCCCUUUUAAAACGUGUUUCAUUUUCAUGGCACAAAAUGCGUGCUUACACUUACCCAUUCAGACAUCCACUGAAUGGACAAACUAAUCUGAUAUCAGAUACGUUCCCCUGUCUCACUGGGUAAAGAUUGUUGUAGAGUCGUAGAAUGUGGCAAUAGGCCGUUCGGCUCAACUUGCCCACACCGACCAACAUGUCUCAUUUACACUAAUCCCAGCUGCCUGUGUUUGCUACAUAUACCUCUACAUUUUCCCAUCUAUGUUUCUAUCUAAAUGUUUUAAACGUACCUGCUUCAACUACAUUUUCCGGCAGCACGUUCCAUACACCCAUCACCCUAUGUGUGGAAAACUUACCCCUUAGGUUCCUACUAAAUCUUCCCCCCUUAUGUCCUCUGGUUCUCGAUUCCCCAACUCUGGGCAAGAAACUGUGUGUCUACCCGAUCUAUUCCUCUGACGAUUUUGCACAUAAAAUGUAGCAGAACAAAUCAAAUAAAAAGUUGGCAUAGAUUGGAUUUUCUUUGCAACGUUUUACUGGGGAAUAUCUAAGAACAAACCACGUCAACACAUUCCUGGAACAACAAUCUUCAUUGUUUCAAUCUUAUUUGGGGAUUGGGUGCAGUUUGAAAACGUUGCAUAGUUACUGCUUGUGUCAGCAACGACGUCAGAGCAAACAUAGAUGUGCAAUGCUCAACGGCGGAACCGAGAUAUUAACGUUGGAACGCGGGGAGACUUUCUGCAACAUUAGUUCAGCCUUGAACUCGCAACGCAGUGUGAGUUUCAGGAGGCCCGAGUGUACCUACAUCAUAGAUAUUUGUCAAUUGUCACUGUGUUACACGCACUUUAUAUACAGUAGAUGCCAGAUCAAGUGUACAGCGUUAAAUCUGCCGGCAGACAGGAGGAAACUAAUUGUAGAUAGACACAACAUGCUGGAGUAAUUCAGCAGGACAGGCAGCAUCUCUGGAGAGAAAGAAUGGGUGACGUUUCGGGUCGAGACCCUUCUUCAUUAACUGUGAUCUGUGAUAUAGACACUAUAAGUAACUCGCCGGGUCAGGCAGCAUCUCGGGGACUACAUGGAUAUGUGAUGUUUCAGGUCGGGACCCUUCUUCAGUAUGAUUAAUCUAAGAGAUGCAGCCUGACCUGCUGAGUUACUCCGGAACGUUGUGUCUAUCUUUGGUAUGAACCAGUACCCGCAGUUCCUCUACUUCUUCUUAUGUAUGGCGUGCACAGCCUAAAAUUGCAGGACAACUUGUCCUAUUUGAUCUUAUUUGAUUGUGCACGCCGGGUUGAUUGCAUUCAUCGAAACAGGGCGGACGACGUGAAGGUUGCAAUCUCCCACCCCAGUUCCUCUUUAUUAUAUUCAACUUUGAAUUUUCAGCCGAUUUUAGCGACCGUUCAUUUAUUGGGAUUGUGCGGCGGGAUAGUUCUCAAGAG